CAGACCUCUUGAGAUAUUUGCCAACUACUAGCUCAGUUAAAACAUCGUAACUAGAUCUUCCACGAUGAACGCUGUCUCUCUCGUCUCCACCACUGUCGCUCGAGUUAUCAUGACUGGCGUUCUUUCGGCAGUCCUCUUCAACAAAACCGUGGUUCGUCACACCCGUCAUGCCCUGAAGGAGGCAGAACAGGCUUCUCCAAAACUCGCCGUGGUUACUUUGUGCAUUUCUACGUUAGCGCUUCUCCAUGCGUCCGAUAGAAUAGCUUGCGAAGUUCUGGGGCUUGCGGAGACCUGUCCACCGACUACUGGUGAAGGGAAUUCCUUGGCAACCGCUCAUGAUGAUCUUCGCUCUCCUGCUUUCUCGCACGACGAUACCGAUGACUUCAAGACUCCCUUGUCAUCGCCGUCCAUCUCAUCGCCUGAGAACAGCUUAGACAGUAUCGCAACCCUCACCUCUUCUUCAACCGUCUCCAAGCUUGGUAAUGUCUUCAGAGAUAUGACACCCAGUCCUUCAGCUGUCAGCGCUAGCGAUAAUGAUGAAGUUGACGACGUAGCGCUACGCAAGUGGAUAACGGAGACAGUGCCAGAGUUCAGCACCCCAACGGCUCGCGCUCCUGAAAAUAUUCUCAAUUCAAUCAUCAAGCGAAUGAGAUACCUCUCACUCUCAGACAGCCGUUCUUUUCCCUCAACCCCGACCCGAGUUUGAGAUCCUAAGCUACCCGUCGAAGCGCUGACGCAUCCCACCUCCCACCUUGUUACUCCGUUACUCUUUGACUUCUUGUACAAACUAGCUCAUGACACCAAUCGGCAUUCACCCUUUCACAGAACUACGCAUCAAGGCUCCCUCACCCCUCUUUCCUCUGUAUCACCUUCGAACUUCUAGCACGAGGAUGCGAUUAUGGUACCGAAAUAGCACGGAGCCAGCUUCUCUUCUGGAUAGAGGGAGCCUCAUUUCCUCUUAACUCCUGUCUUACAACUUGAUUAUGUAUCACACGACACUGUCCGCACCUGUACUGCACUUUGUCGAUCGUCAA